AUGAAUAAGGAAGAGGCAAUACGAUGUAAAGAUUAUGUCCGACAAAGAACAGGAUAUGAUGGUCAAAUUGUCACUACACCAGGAUCCAAUGCUGCCUCGACUCACGAAUCGGAUACAAUCCAUGUCACUAAAUACAUGUUGACUCCUUCUACACCAACAUCUCUUGCUAUCUCUUCUCCGACUUCACCAACACCAAUUCCAAUCCCGGUUUACGCUCAACCAGUUCAGGGAUCUUUUGUUGACAAAGCAAGUGAAGAAAUAAUUUCGAUCCUUCGAAAUCAUCUGGCUAAACAAGAUCGUGUUGCAAAUGGGUAUAAACUGGCAAGAGAUGAAUCGAGAGAAAAGCUUAAAAGUAUGAAACGUGAAAUGGAUUUAUUGAUGAAUCAAGUGAAAUCACUGGAAAAAGAGUGUGAAUUAUCUAGGCGCGAGUCGGAGGUUUUGAAGGCGGAAAAUGUCUUACUUCAGAAACAAUUGGUAGACGUCAAAAAAGGUAUAAAGACUGAGUGA